UCCUUCUAUGUUUUUUUUUAUUUUUAUUUUAUUUAUGAUCCUUUCUUUCUUUUGAUGAUGCAGGCAAUAAAAGUUCUGAAUAUGAUUAAACUUUAUGGGAAGCCAAUAAGGAUGAAUAAGGCAUCCCAAGAUAAAAAGAGCUUGGAUGUUGGAGCUAACCUUUUUGUUGGAAACCUUGAUCCUGUUGUGGAUGAGAAACUUUUGUAUGAUACUUUCAGUGCAUUUGGAGUCAUUGUUACAAACCCCAGGGUCAUACCUUCUUUACCUUCUGUUUCAUAUUGUUUUGCUGGGUUUUUUUUGGGACUUGUGUGUGGAUUGGACAAUGAAGAUAAGAGGAGGAAAAGGCCUAAAGAAUCACAUUCAAAAUUGUUGGCACACAUCUAA